AUGGCCUGGCCCCCUGUGCUCCUCCUGCUCCUCGCUCACUGCACAGGGUCCCUGUCCCAGCCUGUGCUCACCCAGCUGCCGUCAGCCUCUGCUGCCCUGGGGGCCUCGGCCAAGCUCACCUGCACCCUGAGCCGGGAGUACAGCAACUAUAUUAUUCACUGGUAUCAGCAGAGAGCAGGACAGGCCCCUCGGUUCAUCAUGUAUCUUAAGAGUGACGGAAGCACCACCAAGGGGGACGGGAUCCCCGAUCGCUUCUCGGGCUCCAGCUCCGGGGCCGACCGCUACCUGACCAUCUCCAGCCUCCUGCCUGAGGACGAGGCUGAGUACAUCUGUGGAGCAGAUCAUAGCAUCGGGGUGCCGUUUGGGUAA